AUGAAGAUUCUCAGUGCUAUUUCCGCCAGCACUUUUCCUGUUUUGUUGCUCCUAGGGACUGUUGUGCAAGGAUAUGUGCUAAAGUGUGCUACUGGCAAAGAGUUUGAUAACAGACAUAUAGGCGAACUUGCAUCACAAGCUGAAUAUCAAUAUAAUCAUCACAGCUACCCUUUAGGUCCGGAUGGGAGAAUAUGCAAGGCCCAUGAGUUUGAUAUUCCAUUGGCACAUACUAGAGCUACAAUUUCGUACUUAGUCCAAGUAUGUGAAAGUAUGGAGGGCUACAGACUAUAUGAAUGGUACAAUUCUAAAUGGGUUAUAUGCGAAUAA